AAAAUCACGUGAUUUGUCAUAUGAUUUUUCACCGUGUGACUGUUUUUGUCUAACUCAGUAACUGCAGCAGUGUUUCGCCGGUGUACAUCAAGAUGAAGUCGUUUCUGAGGAUCUCCAUCCUACUUUUUGUUGCAGCAUAUGUCUCUGCCUUUCAAAGAAUAAAGCUCCACAAGAUAGAUAAAACAGUAAGAGAGACUCUUUUGGAGAGAGGAACUACAGCUGAAUAUCUAAAGAGGAAGUACAAUCGAUAUGAGACCGGACCAGAGCCUGAACCUCUGUCAAAUUAUAUGGAUGCUCAAUACUAUGGACCAAUAUCUAUUGGAACUCCUCCCCAGAACUUCAAAGUGAUCUUUGACACCGGCUCAUCAAAUCUUUGGGUUCCAUCAAAGAAAUGUAAACUGUCAGAUAUUGCAUGCUUAUUGCACAAUAAAUAUGACAGCACAAAGUCAUCAACCUACAAAGCCAAUGGAACUGAUUUCGAGAUCCGCUACGGAACAGGAAGUCUGAAGGGUUUCCUCAGCACUGAUACUGUUACGGUAGGAGAUAUCAAGGUCAAGGACCAGACAUUUGCCGAGGCCACAGAACAGCCCGGAAUCACAUUUGUUGCUGCCAAGUUUGAUGGAAUUCUGGGAAUGGGCUUCCCCGAAAUAUCUGUAAAGGGUGUUACACCAGUUUUCAACAACAUGGUAGCACAAAAACUUGUCCCAGCACCUAUCUUUUCUUUUUACCUGGAUAGAAAUCCAACUGGAACGCCAGGAGGAGAGUUGAUUUUGGGAGGAAGUGACCCCAAGUACUACUCCGGAAACUUCACCUACGUUAACGUAACCCGCAAAGGAUACUGGCAGUUCAAAAUGGAUGGAGUUAAAGUCAAUGGAAAGGCAUCAAAAUACUGCUCUGGAGGUUGUAACGCCAUUGCUGAUACUGGAACUUCUCUUCUGGCUGGUCCAUCCACGGAAGUCAAGUCUCUCAAUGCCAUGAUUGGAGCUAAACCAUUUGCUGCAGGGGAGUACACUGUGGACUGUUCUAAAAUUGGAAGCUUGCCUCCAGUGAGCUUUACACUGAACGGAAAAGACUUCACCCUCCAGGGCAAAGAUUAUAUACUAACUGUAUCUGAGAUGGGUCAAACAAUCUGCCUGAGUGGUUUCAUAGGACUGGAUAUUCCUGCUCCAGCCGGCCCUCUGUGGAUCUUGGGCGACAUUUUCAUUGGUGCUUUCUACACAGAGUUCGAUAUGGGCAAUAGCAGAGUUGGCUUUGCCCGAACCAGUAGCUAAAUAUCUGGGUUUCUAUAUCCGGGAUGUAGUAUUUCCUCUGUAUUGAUCUUUGACUUUUAUCUCAGAAUUCAUGGAAUUACAUCUUGGGAUUAUUAAGGAACAUUCCAUUUUGUUAUGAAACUCGUCUUUUGAAAUACAGAUUGGAAUAUUAGUUUAAUUUUCUGCCCCCUUUCAGUUACUGAUGAAAACAGCAUGAAUUAAACAUAAGUUUAGGUAAAACAAUGAAGGGGAGAAUUGUUAUCAUUUUGUCUCAAAUAGCUUUGCCCUCUAAUACUAACGUCACUUUUUCUGCUUUUUAGAAUAAUGCCUGGAGAAUUAGCAUUUUGGAAUGGGCUGUCUUUUUCUUUUUCUUUUUGCUUUUGAAUAACCAGCAGUUGAUUUCGCUAUCAUUUCUUUCAGUCUCAAUUAGUUAAUACCAAUACUAGAGUUGUUUGUGUCUCUUCAGACAAUAUAUAUUUUUAAAAUUAUUUUGGAUUGGGGGAAGGGAGGGGGACGUUAUUGCAUUGUUGGUAUUUGUUCAUACGGAAUUAAGGGCCAACUUCACCAGUCAUCUUUACAAGCUCAAGAGAUAAAAACUCUUGGUUAGUAAAAUGAUUGAUUACAUGAUUCAUACUGUUACUUAUGCCAGUUUAUUGUCUGAAGGGAUACAGUAGCUUUUUUUGUAUGAUUUGCCAUGACACGCUCGAAUGCACGUGCAUUGUAGGUGGGUUUUUUUUUUUUUAUUUUGUGGAUGUGUGCUUUAAUGAUUUCAUUUGUAGACCCUUUUGCAUGGUUGAUAACAAAAAGAACCGACAUAGGUUUCUUUGAGAACUAGUGCUAUGCGUAUGUGUAGCGUUUAAUAAAUAAUAGCCUAUAUAAUGAUGAACUCUAGCGAUUGAUUU